GUUGAGUUGGUGCUACUUGUUACUGUGUGUAUUAAUGGUAUUGUUUUGUCUCAAAGAAAAAAAAAAGAUGAUUCUAGAGUGAAAGGUGGUUUCAUUGAAGUAAAGAGAUAGAUAUAAGUGGUUGGGUUUGGGUUUCAAGAAAGGAGACAUGCCCAAUUUCAACCCAACAAACAACACUUCAAACUAGUCCUACUUGCUUGCUUGCUUGCUUCUUCAUAUCCUUCCCACCAGAUCCCAAAGUGGAGAAGAGGUUAAAUUUUUUGGUGUUUCAUAUUUGCAUGUGGAGUUUGAGGUCAGCUGAUGUUGUUAGUUACAUGAAGUCUUUUCUCUUUUUGAAUCAUCCAAAUUCUGAGUUCAAUUGCUCGCCAGUUGAUCGUAAUCACUCAAUGGCUCAUGCUCCUUAUCCUUAUGGUGAUCCAAUUUUCGCUGGUUCGUUAGUUGCUUAUGCCCCGCAGGCUGUUAAUCAACCUCAAAUGUUGCCUCAAAUGAUGGGAUUAGCAUCUACUAGAGUUGCAUUACCACUUGAUCUUGCACAAGAUGGACCCAUUUAUGUCAAUGCAAAACAAUACCACGGUAUACUCAGAAGGCGACAAUCACGAGCUAAGCUUGAGGCUCAGAACAAACUCAUCAAAAGUCGUAAACCAUAUCUUCACGAGUCUCGGCACAAGCAUGCGUUGAAUAGGGUUAGAGGAUCCGGGGGCCGAUUUCUGAGCACAAAACAGCUUUCACAGUCUAAUACAGAAUUUGUCACUGGUAAUCAAUCUGGCUCUGGGUCUAUCAACAAAUAUCAAAAGGAAGAUGAGAUGGAAAGUCGUUCUUCGAAAACCGGAGAUAAUGCAUCUUCCAUCACAACAUGUUCGGACCGGACAUGUUUUUCGGGUAACAGUUUCAAUUUUAGGCAGCCAGAGCACAUGUUUCUAGGGAACUCUCCAAACAUGGGUGGAGGUCCACCACAAUGCAGUGGUGGACUCACAUUUGGCGGAACAAAACAACGCGCUUCGGUUGUCCGGUGAGAGUUCGUCAGUCGGACAGGCAAAUCAUCCUUGGCUUAAUCACAGUUGGGUUUCAGUGUUUUCAUGGUUUGGUCACUUAAUUUUCUGUUUUAAUGUUUUUUGUGGACUUGUGUUUUUAUUGCUUUCACAUACAUUUUAAAGUUUGUAUUGCUUACACUAGUAUUUUGGAUUGGAUUGGAAUACUUGAUGCAUGAAACUUUGUUUGGUUUGUCAUCAAUAUAUAAUUUGUUUGGUA